GCAACACAAACGCGCCCUCUUCAAGCGUCUUAGUAUGGGCCAGGACUAUUAUUCUAUUUUGGGAAUAAAAAGAAAUGCCACCCUCAAUGAACUAAAUAAAGCCUUUCGUAGACUUGCCCUAAAAUAUCACCCCCUCAAAUGUGAACCAGGCGAAUCAGCCGUUGAAAAAUUUUUACUUAUAUGUGAAGCCUAUGACGCCUUAUAUGAUCCACAAAGACGCGCUAUAUUUGACCAAUUUGGUGAAGAGGGUCUAAAGCAUGGUUGUCCUGGUGAAGAUGAAUGGAUCAAAGGAUACGUUUACCAUGGAGAUGCAAAUCGAACCUUUAAAGAAUUUUUUGGGGGUGACAAUCCAUUCAAGGCUAUUUACACUGAAAUGGAUAAUCAAGUACGAAAUAAUUUUGGCGGCAUAAAUGGUCGAGGGCAAAUGCGACAGGAUGCUUCUAUUGAAAGAGAAUUAUAUUUGACACUCGAAGAAGUCUAUAGCGGUUGUAUUAAAAAAAUGAAAAUCUCAAGAAGAGUGAUGAAUAGCGAUGGGCAUACAAGCACUAUUCGUGAU